CUCUCUGCCUUCCCUCAAAAGUCUUAUAGACAAGUAUGGGAGAAGGCUUUUAAUAACGUCAUUUACAUCCUUCUUCAAUACUCCAUUCCAUACCAAUCUCUCUCUCUCUCUCUACAUCUAUAACAACAUGGAGAAAAGAAUGAAGCUCCGGGUUUCAAGAAUGGUCCGAACAUCUCUUAGCUCUUGCCGACCACGAGAUCUAUACGAUGUCGUUGAGACUAGUGCUGUUACAAGUCAAGCCACGUCUUCCGAGAGGUUCUUCCUCACCGAACCUAAAACGUCCAAAACUCCAAGACCAAAGACGACUCAUCAUCAUGCUUUCUCUAGCCCUCAUGCGUCGUCUUCAUCGAGGUUCUUCCCACCAAACCCUUUCUACGAAGAGAGCCGUUCGUUCCGUGAUUUAAGGAAGAAGGUCAAGACAAACAGGAAGCAACGAUCAUCUCAGUUUGGUUCUGAUCCUCUCUUCGCCUCACGUUUUAAGUCAACCGGGUCUUGGUACUGGUCUUGCAGCGAGGAAGAAGAAGAGGAGGAGGAAGGAGAUCACAAAGAAGAAAGUGAUGAUGAUUCUGGUACUCUCUUUUCUUCAAGAAGCUUCUCUUCGGACUCUUCUUCGAGAGCAGAGAGUUUUGCGGUGGUGAAGAAGUCGAAGGACCCGUACGAAGAUUUCAGGACGUCGAUGGUGGAGAUGAUUGUUGAGAGACAGAUCUUUGCAGCGGCUGAUCUACAACAGCUUCUUCAGUGUUUUUUGUCGUUAAACUCUCGUCAACACCACAAAGUUAUUGUCCAAGUCUUCUUAGAAAUUUAUGCCACCUUGUUCUCUCCCUAGCUAAUUUCUCUUAUCUACUUUUAACACCCUUUGCUAAAAGUACUGUGUUCAACCUUAAUUCUUGCUUUUUAGUCUUUGGUUUUUAUAUUUGACUAGAUUUGUUUCUUUUUUUA